AUGCCACCUCCUUCCUUGACUCUCGUGUCACGGCUUAAAGUCCAGCUCAAGCUGGCAAUUGCGCGGCUGAGAAUGGUUCAGAAACGCGAUGAAGCCCUUGCCAAAACACAGCGCCGAGCAAUGGCUCAGCUGCUCGAGCAAGGGAAAGUCGAGUCGGCGCGCAUUCGCGUUGAGAACAUUAUCCGCACCGACAUAAUCACAGAACUGCAUGAAAUCUUGGAGCUGUACUGCGAGCUGCUGCUCGCACGGGCAGGCCUGCUUGAAGCGUCUCCCACAUGCGAUCCUGGCCUGGAGGAGGCCGUCAAGAGCAUCAUAUAUGCAGCACCAAAAACAGAAAUCAAGGAGCUGCACCAAGUGCGGCUCCUUCUAGCCGAAAAAUUUGGAAAGGAAUUUGUCUUAGCUGCCAUGGAAAACGCCGACGGAAAAGUCAGUGACAAAGUGAUCAAAAAAUUGAGUGUCGCUCCACCCAAGGAAGAACUUGUUCAGGGCUAUCUGGAGGAAAUUGCUAAGGCUUAUGGUGUCAACUGGCCGAGGAAAGAUUCAACGGACCUUGGAGAGCCCCCGGACUUUGUCGACAGCAAUGAAGACGGGAGUAGUGGAGGUGAAAAAUUGAAGGGGAAUACACUUGGGGAUCUAGCGUCUGCAGAAGAGACGAGGAAGAAAGGUGAUGGGGUUGAGGAAGGACUGGAGGAGGAUUCCGGCACUAAGGCGAGGGAAGCACUCAGUAAAGCGACCCCGCCAAAGUCAUUUGGUCCCACAAAUCCGGUCCAAGUCAAUCCACCGAGCCCAUCAACCGACAAUAUCCACCCAAAAGUUACACUCAAUAAGGUUGAGUUAACACCUACAAGGAAGUCAGCCACUGGAAAUGGCUUUACUGUUCGCAAACUUUCCGAUGCGGAUGAUGAGUUAGCAAGGCGCUUCGCUGCGCUCAAGAGGUUCUGCACUCCGAGUAUGAACAUGAACACUGUCGACAUGGUUUGUCAGAUGGAUGUGAUUCUCAGUGUCAACAACCUGGACAUGGUUCUCCCCGACGAGCUUCGUGAGCACGUCGACAACACUAUUCCCGACGGGGUUACGACCUUGCAACUUCUGCAGGGUUAUCUCCAGCGGUUUCACCAUAUCCCCACGAUGAUUGCUAUCUUGGAGCAAAUCGCCAUCGCCGAAUAUGUUUCUGAUUUUUACCAAGUUAUGAGCGAGCAUGCCACUAACGAUCUGAUCUUUGAGUCUUUUAAGAAAUGUGAAGGUGGAUCAGACAGUCAUUGA